GUAUAAACUCCAUGCAAACGCCCUUAUAAAUACCCGCCCUCUGCUCUCUCAAAAUUCACACUCUUUUCAUGUAAGUUCACUGCAAAUAGAUAUAGUGAGAGAAAUCUAUACAUACACAAUUUCUAAAGUGAGAAAGUGAAGAGUUAAAUUAUAUAUCCAUGGAGGUUGAUGGAAGCAAAUUGAGUACUGUUGUGCCAGAACCACCACUUGUGUCACCACAAGAGCCGUUGCGAAAACUCAUUCCGGUGGCGGCCAUAGCAGCGGGGGUGCAAUUCGGGUGGGCCCUUCAGCUCUCUUUGUUGACUCCGUACGUGCAGCUUCUGGGUAUUCCCCAUGCCUGGGCUGCCUUCAUCUGGCUGUGUGGGCCUGUUUCCGGCUUGUUCGUGCAGCCGAUUGUUGGCCACUACAGUGACAAUUGCUCCUCCCGCUUUGGGCGCCGCCGCCCCUUUAUAGCGGCCGGUGCCGCACUUGUCGCCAUCGCCGUUUUCCUAAUUGGGUUUGCCGCGGAUAUUGGUCACGCCUCCGGUGACCCCCUCGGCAACGACGGCAAGACAGCGAAGCCCCGGGCCAUUGCUGUGUUUGUCGUCGGAUUUUGGAUCCUUGACGUAGCCAACAACAUGUUACAGGGGCCUUGCAGAGCCCUGUUGGCUGAUCUUUCUGGUGGAAAUGCUCAGAAAAUGAGGACUGGAAAUGCUUUUUUUUCUUUCUUCAUGGCGGUGGGGAACGUGCUCGGUUAUGCAGCCGGAUCAUACACUCACUUGUUCAAAAUAUUUCCAUUUACCAAAACAAAAGCCUGUGAUAUAUAUUGCGCAAAUCUCAAGAGCUGUUUUUUCCUCUCAAUAUUUCUCUUGUUGACUCUAACAAUAUUGGCUUUGAUUAUUGUGCGUGAAACGGCUGCUGUCCCUUCACAGGCGGAGCCACCGGAAAACAGAGGUCAGGGGCUGGUUAAGAAAAGUAAAAUACCAGUUUUUGGGGAGUUAUUUGGUGCAUUGAAGGGGUUGCCUAAGCCCAUGAGGAUUUUGCUCUUGGUGACUUGUUUAAAUUGGAUUGCUUGGUUCCCUUUCUUGUUGUUCGACACUGAUUGGAUGGGGAAGGAGGUGUACGGAGGGCAGGUGGGGGUAGGGAAGUUGUACGACCAUGGGGUGCGUGCAGGGGCACUCGGGCUGAUGCUGAGUGCUGUGGUGUUGGGGUGCACCUCCCUCGCUCUUGAGUUAUUUGCGCGUGGACUUGGUGGGGUGAAGCGGCUUUGGGGUGUUGCCAACUUCUUAUUAGCCAUUUGCUUGGCCAUGACCGUCUUGGUCACCAAAUUGGCAGAGUCUACGCGCCGACAUGCCAUCCAUAAUGGUGAUGCUAAUCCACCACCGGUCACUGGCGUCAAGGUCGGUGCUUUGGCCCUCUUUGCUAUUCUUGGCAUUCCUCAAGCGGUGACCUUCAGCAUUCCAUUCGCUCUAGCGUCUAUAUUUUCUAGUGAUUCUGGGGCAGGACAAGGUCUGUCACUUGGAGUUCUAAAUCUUGCAAUAGUUAUACCACAGAUGGUGGUGUCAGUGCUAAGCGGACCAUGGGAUGCCUUGUUUGGAGACGGUAACUUACCGGCAUUCAUUGUGGGUGCGGUGGCAGCUGCGGCUAGCGGAAUAUUUGCGCUCACCCUGCUUCCAUCUUUACCUUCUGAUGUUUCGCCAGCCAAGGCCAUGAUCGCCGGAGGAUUUCAUUGAAAUAUCAAUGUAUCAUAAGCUAGCUAGUUUGUUUUCCUUCUCCUACCUUGUUUAUGGGUGUUGUGUUAAUCCUUUUCUCUUUUCACCUUUCGACCAAAACUUCGGCAUUUUUUAGCCAAGGACAUCAACUUAACUAUGAUAAGUGUGAUUUUGUAAUGUUUGGACCGUAGCGUGCAAUGGGGAGCAAGGUAUGGACUCCCUCUACCAAUUUUUCCCAAGAACAUGAUAUUUUCCUCU